GCAAUAUCCUCAGCAAACCCUAAAUUGACGGCUCUUAUUCAAAUGGACUUUUCCCUUUCCGCAAGUUAAUCACUCAUUGUUAAGCUGCUGUAGAGUGAAGACAACUCUACGCAAUUAACAUUAAUAAAUUGUGUCCCAAAUUCCCACCCGCCAAAGUGAGUACGAAGAAAUAAAACCCAUUUCUCCUAAAAUUUGCAAAGUAAAAUUGCAAUUUUUGGUGGAAGCCAUGUAUAUGUACAGAGGUUUGCAGCGGUUUAGAACCUCUGGCUCCUCAAUUAUUAACCGUCUUACUGUGCCUCAGUUGAAAAGAAAAGCUUCUAAUUCUUGGUCUGCUAUUCAAGACACUUAUUAUUCAACAAAGGAUAUAUUCGAGAGGCAUAAAGUGGUAUUUACAAUCUCCACGUCUAUAGCAUCAGUUGCUACAGCAUGGUUCGGUUAUACUUUACGACACGUUCAUCAAUCAAGAGUUGACCAUCGUCUUGAAUCUAUAGAGAAAGCUAUGAAGAAUAAUUAUCAAAUUGAAGAUCCUGAGUUUAAGAAGCUUGUGUCUGGUUCCGUUACUGUUCCAGCUUGUGUUGCAACUGCUGGAACCACACUGAUUAUCGGGUGUGGCUUGGGUUGGCGAGGUGGAAAAUGGUACGCAAACAGAAAGUUUAGAAGGGAGCAGAUGAAACUGUUGGGACAGAUAAAUUCUAAAAGAUGGCCACUCAGGUUUUUACGACGACCACUAAUAAGGUCUAAAUCGCCAGAAAAUCUAUUAACUGGUUCAGAAGCAUUGCCAAAGGAUGCAUCUGUUUCCCACCGUUGAGGAGAAAUUCCUACCUUUGCUGACGAAAUGAGUCCCAAUGGCAAAAUUUUUUGUUCUGCCGAUAUUAUUACGAGUACAGAUUAGCUGCAUAGUAUUGCCAAAUGUUCAUAACCAUUCUUGUUUACAACUUCUGUUGGGAUUACUCUUUUUUGAUUA